AAUUGUCGGUGGCCAAGUUAAAGUUGCCCAAGGAACACUCGCCACGUAUUUAAGCUAGACAUGUCCAAGAUCAAGAAGUUCUUCAGUCGCAAGAAGGAGGAGGCGGCGGCCUUUAAGCAAAAGCUCACCGGCAGCGGCAUGGGCGAGGGCCACAAGCUGAAUGCCCCCAAGCCAGAGCAAGCAGCACCCUCCGGUUCUGGUUCUCGGAAAAAAUACGAUGCCUAUGUUCCACCCAAGCGUAAUGAGUUGAGCAACGAAGCCAGGCAAGCUGCCAAUGCGGCACUCGCACGCAUUGAUAAGAAAACCUCGCGGGAUUUCAAUACCUCGCUGUCGGCGGUGAAGGCUCAGGCCAAGCGGGAACUCGAAGCAGAACGGCGCCAGAAAGAGGAGCAGCUGGCAAGUGCAGAGGCCUCAGCUUCGAACGUCAGAUGUACAGGCGGCGAGAAUCGCAACCUGGCCUGCGAGGGUGUCUUCUUCCGUUGCCCCAUGAUCAGUGAUGAAAUUCUACCCAAAGCGGCGUGGAAGGCCAAGAUCAAGGACUUCCUCUACCAGCAGCUGGAGGAAGAUCGUGGCCUCACCGCCUGCCUUAUCAUUCACAAUUGCAAUGUCAAGGAGAAGGCAGACGAUUGCAUUGCCACGCUCAUUCGGUAUUUGGAGAACCUCAUCAAUAGUCCCACCGAGGAGAAGUUCUGCAAGAUACGCAUGUCCAACAAGAUCUUUAGCGACAAGGUGCGUUAUGUGGAGGGUGCCUUGGAUGUCCUGCAGGCAGCUGGCUUCAGCGAGGUCCAGAUCGAUGGUGAGCCGUUUUUGUUGUGGACCCGAGAGCAAACGGAAGAGGAUCUCGACUUGCCCACCCUGGUGGAGGCGUUAAAGAACUCGGAGACGAUUCCCCUGGAGCUGGACAGGAAUAUAAAGGUUCUGCUGCCUUCGCAGGCACGAAGAGUUAUCCUACCCGAUGACUUUUAUCGCUUGUCACCGGAGGAGAUCAAAAAGGAGCAGCAGCUGCGCUCGGAGGCUAUUGCCCAGGCCCAAAUGCUGAGGACCAAAGCCAUGAGGGAGCGCGAGGAGCAGCGCAAUCUGCGCAUGUAUCGCUACGCUUUGGUCAGGGUUAAAUUUCCCAACGGACUCUUCAUACAAGGAACUUUCAAUGUUUUCGAGAAAAUCACCGAUGUGUUUGAGUUCGUGCAAUCUUGCCUGGCCGACGAGAGUCUCGAUUUCACCCUGGUGGCAACCAGCGAGGGCAAGCUGAGCGAUGAAGACUUGGAAAAGUCACUAUUUGACUGCAAACUCAUUCCCAGCACCCUUUUGCUGUUUCGUGCAAAUGGUGUCUCUGCUGUUGGCCAGACCGAGUUAAAUUAUUUAAAAGAAGAACUUCUGAUGUUGGUAGAGGCCAUGUAGAAGUACUAAUCCAGCGGCACUUUUAACUUUAUUUAUACCUUACCCCAGCUGUUGUUAUUUAUUACUUUCAAAGCUAUUAUUCAAAAUCAAAUAUAAACGCAAUUUACACAGAAA